AUGCGACGAAUUUGUAUUCGUUUCUCUCGUCCGUCUUUGAAGAGUAGUUUUGUGGCGGAAACUCUGAAGAAACACCCAGACUCAUGUUUUAGUGAUAUUCUUUUUCAUUGGCAACGUCAAGGUUUAACUCCCAUCUCAUCAUCUACUAAUACUCAAGAUGGAAUGAGUAAUGAUGAUGAUCAUAUACAGGGAUAUUAUGAUCCUGCUGAAGUACAGUUACUAAACAAAUUGAGCGAUUAUCCAUUUACAGACUGUGCACGACAUUUGCUGAGACACCACACUGUAGCUCAUUUUGCAGCUCAGCUUGGAAGAAUUGAUUUAAUGGAUUUACUUUUUUCAGAAGGUGUGGUAUUACAGGUAGAUAAUACUGAUAAGGAUGAGGAAAGUGGAAUUGAAAAGAAUCAAUAUCGUCGUGUAUCACUUGAGAAUGUGGCUCUCUCUAUUUCUAAUGAUGAAGGGUAUUUAAUUUCACAUCUUGCGGCACAACAUGGUUAUUUAAAUUUCCUUAAAGAUUUGGUGAGACGUUUUGGUGCUGAUGCAAUUUUAUCACAGCGUACUGUUGGUAAAAGCUUGCAGUUUGGUAGGGUUUCAUUAACUCCAUAUCAACUCUCUUUUAUGUACGGAUGGAUCCCAAUUCUGGAAUGGAUAGAUACUUUAUAUCCAAUGUAUUCUUUUGACUCAACAGAAGAGGCUUUAUUCUGUGUAAAACGUGCAAGUUUACAUGAUCAUAUAAACUCUCUCAGAUAUUUUCUUCAACGACAUGGGGAAGACUCUCAUGCGAUUCUUCGUGAUGGACUCUACCCUGCCGCAGAAGCUGGUGCUGUAGAUGUUCUUAAUUUUCUAGUGGAGACUAUUGGUGAUCAUAUAGUUUGGAGUACUUGUGAGGUUGGGGCUACCGCAUUACAUCAUGCCGCUCGCCGUGGAUGUACGCAUUUAUUAGAAGAUUUCUUUAUUAAAUAUGAUCUUCAGAAACACGUGGAUGAUAGAGAUAAUGAUGGUCGAACUCCAGCUAUGUGGUGUAUAAUGGGAGGUAAACACCAGAGGAAUAUUGAAUUCUUACAUUCUUUAUUAGAGUUGGGUUCACAAUGGCCGCUGGAUGUGGAUAACGAGGGUCGUGAUAUGGAUGUGUUUGUGCGAUAUUAUUGUGCGCCUACCGCGAGAAUGCGGAAAUAUGUGGGAAGAUGUGUUGCACUUUGGCAACAGCGACGAAGAGAGAUGAAACGAGAUGAUGAUAAUACUAAUAAUGAUACCUGA